AUGGCAUCCCCGUCUGGCCAGUCGUACGCAACCCACCACACCCACCACCCCCCUGUCCCUCGUCUCCGUGUCAACUUGAACGAUCCCAGCUUGAUCUCGCUGGUCAACAAGCUACAGGAUGUCUUCUCAACAGUCGGGGUACACAACCCGAUCGAUUUGCCACAGAUUGUCGUCGUCGGAUCGCAGUCCAGCGGAAAGAGUUCGGUGCUGGAGAAUAUUGUCGGCCGGGACUUCCUGCCUCGUGGCUCCGGAAUUGUCACUCGGAGACCCCUUAUCCUGCAGUUGAUCAACAAGCCUCCGACCACGCAAGUGAAUGGUGACAAGAAGCUGGAAACCACCGACAGCGAGGCGAACGUGGACGAGUAUGGCGAGUUCCUGCACAUACCUGGCCAGAAGUUCCACGACUUCAACAAGAUGCGCGAGGAGAUUGUGCGCGAGACGGAGACCAAGGUCGGUCGCAACGCCGGUAUCUCGCCUGCGCCCAUCAACCUGCGUAUCUACUCGCCCAACGUUCUCACCCUAACCCUGGUCGACCUGCCUGGUUUGACCAAGGUGCCCGUGGGCGACCAGCCCAAGGAUAUCGAGCGUCAGAUUCGAGACAUGGUGCUCAAGUAUAUCAGCAAACCCAACGCCAUUAUCCUCGCCGUCACCUCCGCCAACCAAGAUCUGGCCAACUCGGAUGGGUUGAAGCUGGCGCGUGAAGUGGAUCCGGAGGGCCAGCGCACCAUCGGUGUGCUGUCCAAGGUCGACCUGAUGGAUGAAGGAACCGACGUGGUGGAUAUUCUCGCUGGACGGAUUAUUCCUCUGCGUCUGGGCUACGUUCCGGUGGUCAACCGUGGCCAGCGCGACAUCGAAAAUAAGCGGCCGAUCGCAUACGCCCUGGAAAACGAAAAGAACUUCUUCGAGAACCACAAGGCGUAUCGGAACAAGGCAUCGUACUGCGGUACGCCCUACUUGGCUCGGAAGCUAAACUUGAUUCUUAUGAUGCACAUCAAGCAAACGCUUCCCGAUAUCAAGGCCCGCAUUUCGUCCUCCCUUCAGAAGUAUACCUCGGAGCUGUCGCAGCUUGGGGAUUCCAUGCUCGGCAACCCCUCCAACAUUAUCCUGAAUAUCAUCACUGAGUUCAGUAAUGAAUUCCGGACCGUCCUCGAGGGAAAGAAUCAGGAACUCUCCAGCAUUGAGCUCUCAGGUGGUGCCCGUAUCAGCUUUGUGUUCCACGAGUUGUACUCGAAUGGUGUCAAGGCGGUCGAUCCCUUUGACCACGUUAAGGACGGUGACAUCCGGGUGAUGCUUUACAACUCGUCUGGUCCGUCGCCAGCCCUGUUCGUGGGAACUGCCGCUUUCGAAAACAUCGUGAAGCAACAAAUCAAGCGCCUGGAAGAGCCCAGCUUAAAGUGUAUCUCAUUGGUUUAUGAUGAGAUGGUUCGCAUUCUGGGCCAGCUGCUGAACAAGCAGCUCUUCCGCCGCUACCCCAUGUUGAAGGAGAAGUUCCACGCCGUGGUCGUCGCCUUCUUCAAGAAGUGCUUGGACCCGACUAACAAGCUGGUCAAGGAUCUGAUCAACAUGGAGGCAUGCUACAUCAACACUGGCCACCCAGAUUUCCUCAACGGAAGCCGCGCGAUGGCCAUUGUGAAUGAGCGCCACCACGCCGCCAAGCCGACACAAGUCGACCCCAAGACCGGCAAGCCCCUGCCGGCUCGCGCUCAAAGCCCGUCACUGGAUCCCACUGGGGAGAGCCCCAACGGCAGUGGGUUCUUCGGCAGCUUCUGGGCCUCGAAGAACAAGAAGAAGAUGGCAGCCAUGGAGGCUCCUCCCGCGACGCUGAAGGCCUCGGCCACGCUCUCCGAGCAGGAAGCGAUUGAGGUUGAGCUUCUCAUCACGUCGUACUUCAACAUCACCAAGCGCACGAUGAUUGAUAUGGUUCCCAAGGCGGUCAUGUAUACGCUGGUCCAAUUCACCAAGGACGAGAUGCAGCGCGAGCUGCUCCAGAACAUGUACACCAACACCGAUAUGGAAGACCUGUUGAAGGAGAGUGACUACACCAUCCGGCGACGGAAGGAAUGCCAGCAGAUGGUGGAGAGCCUGGGCCGCGCCAGCGAGAUUGUCUCCCAAGUCCAGUAA